CGUACUUUACCGUCUCGCUACACUGGUACUGUUUAUACCGACUCUGAUACCAGGAAUACAAUGGACCCGGAAGAGCUUCAGUCGAUCAAUCGUAUUCUAGAAGAUGACGUGCUCGUCAGAGAAAAAAUCCGGGAUCAGGUCAACGAACUGGAUAAAAGGGCCAGGAGUAUGUUGGGCACGUUGAACAAGAUCCAUUCGACACCGUGGGACUCCGUCUCCACAUUGUUGAACUCGGUACAACCGACUAUCGAUGGGUGUAAGGAGUGUACAGCGAAACUCGCCGGACUUCUCCCUAAAGAUCAGUUUUGGCGGUACAAAGACAUGUGGGCUUUUUCGAUACGCAAUACAGUCUUCGCCAUCGUUCUCGUCAGCUACCUAAAGGAUCGCGCGUUACUCCCAUUAGCCCGCGUCAGCGAAACACUCGGACUCCAAGAAGACGGCCUUAUUCUUGCCGCCGAGGAUUAUCUACAUGGUCUCAUCAGCUUGGUCAACGAGUUGUCCAGGCUCGCAGUCAAUGCCGUCACAAUGGGCAAUUACGAGGAACCUAUCAAGAUCUCCAUAUUUGUCAAGGAUGUUUUUGCCGGAUUCUCGAUGCUCAACCUGAAGAAUGAUGCCCUCAGGCGCAGAUAUGAUAGUUUGAAGUAUGACAUCAAAAAAAUAGAGGAAGUUGUAUAUGAUGUAUCUCUGCGCAAUCUCGCCAACUCCAGACCUUGAAGUAUU